CCCAGGGGCAAAGGGCUGAAAGACAUACGCAUCGAUGAAGAAGUUAAGAUUGCUGUGAACAUCUCCCUUGAAAGGUUUCAGUACAGUGAGCAAAAAGAAAUUGAGUUUCCUUCCUCCCUGUCCAGUACUGAGAGGGCCUUCAUCCAUCGCUUUGCGCAGUCCCUGGGAUAUAUCUCUAAAAGCAGAGGAAAAGGAUCAAGCCGCACCCUCACUAUCAGAAAGAAGGAUGGCUCAGAGACGGCCCAGUCCAUCAUGACUUUCAACCUUUCCCACAAUUCCAAGCAUGUGGUGCGCAGCUUGCUGCAGAGGUUCCCCAUCACCAACAAGGAGUGCAGAGACCUACUGCCUCACACUGAGAGAGGCCUGUCUGUGGCCAUGGAGGCUGGUGACCGUGACAAGAACAGGACCAGCGGGCGGCUCAACAAUGGCAUCCCCCAGGUGCCCAAGAGGAGGGGCCCGUCUGAGCUAGACUUCUUCCGCCGCUCACUGCCUGUGUACGAGCGCCAGGAGGAGAUUGUCCAGGUCAUCAAAGACAACCGUGUGGUCCUAGUGGUGGGGGAGACCGGCUCGGGGAAAACUACACAGAUCCCACAGUUCCUCCUGGACGACUGCAGCCGUAAUGGGAUCCCCUGUCGUAUCUUCUGCACGCAGCCCCGGCGUCUGGCUGCCAUCGCUGUGGCGGAGCGGGUUGCAGCAGAGAGAGGGGAGAGCAUCGGUCAGACCAUCGGCUACCAGAUCCGCCUGGAGAGCAGAGUUUCUCCUAAGACGCUGCUGACCUUCUGCACCAGCGGAGUCCUGCUGAGAACACUGAUGGCUGGAGACGCCACAAUGUCCACUGUUACUCAUGUCAUUGUGGACGAGGUUCACGAGCGGGACGGCCUAAGUGACUUCCUGCUGAUCAAGAUGAGGGACAUGCUCCAGACGAUGCCAAAUCUGAAGCUCAUCCUGUCCAGCGCUGCCCUGGACGUGGAGCUGUUCCUCCGCUACUUCAGCUCCUGUCCCGUCAUCCACAUCAAAGGAAGACCAUUUGAGGUGAAGCAACUCUUCCUGGAAGACAUCUUGAAGACAACGGGUUAUGCAAACAAAGACAUGAUGAAAUACAAAAAGGAGAUUCAGAGGGAGGAGAAGCAGCAGACGUCCCUGACAGAGUGGUGUAAGGUCCAGGAGGGCGGCUCCCGCCAGGAGCCCCAGAGGGAUAAGACCUCAGCCUCCUGUGUCCUCCAGGAGAACGACCUGCUGGAUGAUGGAGGGGACAGUGUCUUCAACCAGCUGAAUGAGAAAGAUGUGGCGUCAUUGGACCCGUGGCUGCUGAAGGAGAUGGAUGCCUGCAUCUCAGACAUCUUCCUCAACCAGGACGCUGAUGCCUUCAUCCAGCUCUUCAAUCUCAUCCUUAGUGAGAACGUCAGCGUGGACUACAUGCACAGUGAGACAAGCGCCACUCCCCUCAUGGUGGCAGCAGGUCGAGGCUUCCUCAGUCAGAUUGAGCAGCUGCUUAGUAUGGGAGCCAGCGUCAGAAUCAAGGCCUCCAAUGGCUGGACAGUACUGGACUGGGCCAAGCACUUCCAGCAGGCAGAGGUGGUGGACCUACUAGAUUCCUACCUCUCAUCCCUGGAGGCGGGGAAGCUGGACGAGUGGUCCCUGGUGCAGGCAGCCACCACAGAGAUGAGCCCGGAGGACCAGGAGCUUCUCAAGGAAUACCACCACAGCUUUGAUGACGAGAGGGUGGACCUGGACCUCAUCAUGCACCUGCUGCAAAACAUCUGCACCAGCUCUGAGGAAGGUGCGGUGUUGAUCUUCCUCCCCGGAUACGAUGAAAUAGUGGGUCUGAGGGACCGUAUCCUGUACGACGAUAAAAGAUUUGCAGACCACUCCCAAAGAUACCAGGUCUUCACACUCCACUCCAACAUGCAGACCUCCGAUCAGAAGAAAGUGCUGAAGAACACCCCUGCUGGGGUCCGGAAAAUAAUUCUCUCCACCAACAUCGCAGAGACGAGUAUUACCGUCAACGAUGUGGUGUUUGUCAUCGACGCAGGAAAAGUUAAAGAGAAGUCCUUUGAUGCCCUGAACAACGUGACCAUGCUAAAGAUGGUGUGGAUCUCCAAGGCCAGUUCUCUGCAGAGGAAGGGCAGAGCUGGGCGUUGCCGACCAGGGAUCUGCUUCCACCUCUUCAGUCGCCUCCGCUUCAACAACAUGCUGGAGUACCAGGUCCCCCAGCUACUGAGGAUGCCCCUGCAGGAACUGUGUCUCCACACCAAGCUGCUGGCCCCCAUCUCUUGUCCCAUCGCUGAAUUCCUAUCUAAAGCACCCGAACCACCUCCCAUCCUCAUCGUCAAAAACGCAGUGCAGAUGCUCAAGACCAUAGACGCCAUGGACCCGUGGGAGGACCUGACGGAGCUGGGCUACCACCUGGCUGACCUGCCUGUGGAGCCCCACCUAGGCAAGAUGGUUCUGUGUGGUGUGGUGCUCAAGUGCCUGGACCCCAUCCUGACCAUCGCCUGCACGCUGGCCCACCGCGACCCCUUCGUGCUGCCCUCCCAGGCCUCCCAGAAGAGGGCAUCCAUGCUGUGCCGGAAGCGCUUUACUGCAGGGACCUUCAGCGACCACAUGGCCCUGCUCCGAGCUUUCCAGGCGUGGCAGAAGGCCCGCAGCGACGGCUGGGAGAGGUCCUUCUGUGAGAAAAAUUUCCUGUCCCAAGCCACCAUGGAGAUCAUCAUAGGGAUGAGGACCCAGCUGCUAGGACAGCUCCGAGCCAUAGGCUUUGUGCGGGCGCGGGGCGGCGGAGACAUCCGCGACGUGAACCUGAACUCUGAGAACUGGUCAGUGGUGAAGGCAGCCCUGGUGGCCGGGAUGUACCCCAACCUGAUCCAUGUGGACCGUGAUAGCUGCUCCCUCUCCGGGGCCAAGGAGAAGAAGGUCCGCUUCCACCCCACCUCCAUCCUCAGCCAGACACAGCCCCACAAGAAGAUCCCCCCAGCCAAUGGCCAGGUGGCGGCCGUCCAGUCCCUGCCCACCGAUUGGCUGAUCUAUGAUGAGAUGACGCGAGCCCAUAGGAUAGCUAGCAUCCGCUGCUGCUCUGUGGUCUCCCCAUUCACUGUAGCCAUCUUCGGGGGCUGUGCCAAACUGCCCAGCACAGCCCUACAGGAACCUGCCAUUCAGAAAGAUGACGUGGUGAAUGAGAGCAGUGACAGUGAGAUGGAGGAUCGCUCCACGGCCCACCUGGCUCAGAUGAAGAUUGACGAGUGGCUCAACUUCAAACUGGACAGAGAGAUGGUGGGUCUGGUGUUCCAGCUGAGGCAGAAGUGGCACAGUCUGUUCCUGAGGAGGAUCCGCUACCCCUCCAAGCCCUGGUCCCAGCUGGAUGAGAACACCAUACGGGCCCUGGUUUCUGUGCUGGGGGCUGAGGAUCAGACUGCGGGGCUGCAGCAGCCCACAGGAAUUGGCCAGAGGCCCCGACCCAUGUCCUCUGAGGAGCCCCCCCAGACCUCCACCUGGAGGACCGCCAACAGCAGGAGGACCUCCGGCCCCACAGCCAGCACCGACGACGAACUCUUCAUCCCCACCCCCUCACAAAAAGCCACAGACAGGUGAAUAGAGAAGCCCAAACUCCCCACAGAUGACCACUCCUCCACCACCAAUUCUCCUGAAUCUGCUUCACUCUGCCUCCGCAGCCCCUGUGCCAGCCCCUCCCCAACCUCAUCGGGAAAGUGCUCCAAGUCUCCAUCCCCGCGGCCAGGAGGUGUGACGGUGCGUUACUUCAUCAUGAAGAGUAGCAACCUGAGGAACAUUGACAUCUCCCAGCAGAGAGGAAUCUGGUCUUCCACGCCCAGCAACGAGCUCAAACUCAACAGAGCCUUCCUGGAGAGCAGCCAGGUUUUCCUGGUCUUCUCUGUCCAGGGCUCCGGACAUUUCCAGGGCUAUGCGCGGAUGAUGUCGGUCAUCGGACAGGAGCGCUGUCAGGACUGGGGCUCCACAGGGCUGGGGGGGGUCUUCAGUGUGGAGUGGACCCGGAAGGAGAGCCUGCCCUUCCAAUAUGCCCAGCAGCUGCUCAACCCCUGGAACGACAACAAGAAAGUGCAGAUCAGCAGAGACGGACAGGAGUUGGAGCCUCAGGCUGGGGGCCAGCUGCUGCUGCUGUGGGAGGGACUCUCAGGGAAACCACAGCAGCUACCACAGCAACACAAGGUACAACAGGCCCCAUCUUUAUCAUCAGAUAACCACAGGUUACACACAACAUGA